CACAUUCACAUUUCUGUUCAGUCGAGUCGCUGAGUUAGGAGAGAGAUAGAGCAGACGUCUGAUAAUCUGAACAUAUCCGAUAGAAGAGUCCGCUACCUUCGUCACCAUGGCUCACAUGAAGAAGAUAACCAAAAAGCACGAAAAAUACGAGAAUUUUCUGUCGAAAUAUCCAAAAACAGGCGUGUUGACAGCUGACAAAUUCGCCGAGAUCUGGGAGCACUAUGAUUCGAACGAAAGUGGGUAUAUUGAUGCAGAUGGUUUGGACAAGUUUUUUACUGAUCUUUUGCAGUCGAUGACUGGGGACAAGAAUAUAUCCGCAGACACUGUGCAAGAUAUGAAGGAUUGUUUUAUGUCCGCAUAUGACGACGCUGGUGAUGGCAGAAUUGCAAUUACCGAGUUGUCAAAUAUUUUACCAACAGACGAGACAUUUAUUCUCCUAUUCCGCCGAGAAGAGCAGUUAACAUCCAGUGUUGACUUGAUAGAGCUGUGGCGGCGGUAUGACAAAGACAGGAGUGGAUACAUUAAUGCAGACGAGUUAAAGUCUUUUAUUCGCGAUCUGUUGGAAAGGAGAGGAUCAUCUGGUGUUGACGAUGACAAGCUGGAACAAUACACUGCAGGUCUGCUCACAAUAUUCGACAAGAAUGGCUAAAUUCUAUCUAUUACACCAAAGGACAACUUCUUAACACAGUUCGAACUGAAAUGCAAGAAAAUGAACUACAAAGAGAAACAGCAGCACUUCAAUAAAGUAUUUGCCUAUUAUGAUAAGAGUAAGACCGGAGCCAUAGAAGGAGAUGAAUUGGAUGCCUUUGUUGCCGAUCUUAUGGAGCCUGAUAUGGCUGAUAUCAGUACCACACAGGUCGAUCUAUACAAGAAAGGAAUCUUGGCCAACUGUGACAAGAACAAAGAUGGUAAAAUACAGCGAGAUGAACUACGACUUUGCCUUGGUUUGUAUCUUGAUAUGGACAUGUGAAGGGACAUAACACACAAAGGGUUGGGUCUAGCGAAGAGCGUUUUUAUGAUGGUUAGCACAAUAAUCAUCAAAAUUGUAUUCAUUUGUUUGAAUUUUAUAUUUGUUUAUACUCUUUUUUCAUCAAUGUAGCACAACCAAUUUAACAUUUCCAAACAAAUGCAUUGUUCAUCACCAAUAAAGGUAACAACUUUCUGUUACUUUGGCACAAACAACACAACUUGUAGCAACACAACUACAAUUUUAAACCAAAGGUUGAAUAGAGAGCAUUAUUAUAUAAACGAAAUGUUUAAUCAGUUUAAUGGUAAAUGAUUAAUCUACAAACUACAAAAGUUGUGUUGACAUACAUUCAGGUACACGGGGAUUACUCUCCUCCGUCAUAAUAAUUUACGUUCUGGAAUAUGGUGUGCCAUGUAUAAUUUACGAUAAUGAAUUGAUCAAAUACUUGUUUUUUGAAUAAUCAGAAAUUGAAUGAAUUGAUACAACACGAUACUAAAACUAUUUCUUGAUGCUGUAAAUAUUCCUUGGUUCGUAAGUUGUUUUGUUUUCACGGCGAAUGAACGAUAUACUAGUUAAACCUGUAUGACACUCUUUCUAUAUUCACAUGGUACUUGAUCACAAAUCAGUCCACCUGAUUCACAAUGGAAUUUUUUUUCAGUAUUCCAAAUGUGGCCUUGCGAGUGAUUUUUCAACUUUUUCAGCAAUGUUUACUGUAUUUCUAUGUUUUUAUGUAAUUAAUAUGUUUCAAACAUAAAGUAAUAAACUUAAUUUAUGGAAUAAUGAAAACAACCAAUUGAUUAACUUAUACUUGUGUGUAACAGCACAGAAACACAUCUGUGGAAAAUUGUUUCACUUGAUUCUUGAACAAUAAAAUAUAUGUACAUCAUAA